GGCGACGACAGUCAGUGCAAAAGUAGACUUCAUGGUUGGAGCAAGUGAGCGAUGCAAGUACAAAAGUGAACUACUCGAAAUCCUGCCCGCGACGACUCCUACCUUUGUCGCGGGACAUAGCGGCGACAUGCCGGCAGCUGGAUUCGUUUGUCGCCGGUGCGUAUCGAAGUCGCGACAGCAAAGCUGCCGUCCAACCUCGUUCCACCAUGGUUUUAGUCAUGGCAAGUCACGAUAGAAACACGUCGUUGUUCUGCGCCGUCCACCCGAGGCGGCGAACGGUCGCUGGAUGCGCAAGGGAUCCAGUGCAGGCUCUUCGAAGUCUCUUGGUGGCCUGCACGGGAGACAGCAUUCUACGAUGGACACCUGGCUCGCCAGUCAUAAGGCAGCACGCCUGGAUAUCGCGUGUGUGUAUUCGCGUCAAGCCUAUGCAUGCGACAUACCAGCCUCCAACAAUGUCUACAUCGUAUCCAUCGCAGCCCACAUCCUACAACGCCUGCAAGCGGACUGGUGGUCCCCACGGACCGUCCCGGCCAAACGCGCACACGUGCAUUAAAACGUCCCUAGGAGGUCGAAGGGGUUCCGAUCGUUUCCAGUCGACGGAACGACCGGCGCUUGGGGGUCUCGCAAAGUAUUCGCGCGGCAUACCCAUUUCCUGGGCACGACCGGUUGUGGUACGGCUCCAGAUGCGACCCUUGUACAUACUUCCAUGUACUUCCAACAAACGUCAGAGGAUCCUCUACAGCAGCUUGUCGUCAGCAAUACAUUUGGGGUCGCUAGUUCAUACACGAAGAGGCUAUGCCGGCCGUGCAGGUCCGAUAGAGAGCAAUGCCGAACCCCAAGUUUGGCCUCCCAUCCUGCCGUCGGCUCCACGACUUGUCAUUGCUGGCUGUCCACACCGUCGAAUCGUCGGGCGACCGUUUGGGUUCUCGCAAGACACAGCUCCCAACAGACAAACAACAUGCAUGAGAUGUUGUGUGCUCAGCACGAUGUACAUCAGCCAACCUUCCCAAACAUCGAAAUUGCCAACGCGACUGAUCGAUCGCAACAACGACGCGUGGAUAGUUUUCGUGAGCAGCGCUCUCACGCGGUCAAACAGUCGGCAAAAAAUGCGCUCGAAGCCCACGACUUGAAGCCACGGUUGCCAGCCAACCUGUACGCUUCUCGUGGUCGUCGCCAUGGUCCACCCACGGCUCAUUCACCCAAUGUAUU